AUGAUUUACUGUACCAUGGCACCACCCCCUUUCUACGAGGAGAAAAAGAAAAGGAAAAAAGAGAAAAAAAGAAAAUUGGAAGGGAAAAAGGAAAAGAAAAAGGAAAAGAAAGAGAAGAAAGAAAAAGAGGAGAAAGAAAAAGAGAAGGAUAAAAAGGAGGAAUAAGUGCCUAAGAAGGAAGUUUUUGUUAUUGAUCCAGCAAGAAAUCUAUACUACAACUGAUUAUUUGUUAUAACAGUGCCUGUGAUGUACAGCUGGACCAUGAUCAUAGCCAGAGCGUGUUUUGAAGAGCUACAGCAUGACUACAUAACCUACUGGUUCAUAAUAGACUAUGUAUCAGAUGUCAUUUACCUGGCUGAUAUGUUUUUCAGGACAAGAACAGGUUAUCUGGAGCAAGGUUUGCUGGUCAAAGAUGAACAAAAGCUACGUCAGAGAUACAUGACAAGUGUACAAUUUAAACUGGAUUUGGUGUCAAUGAUACCAACUGAUUUUCUGUUUUUCAAAACUGGACUAAAUUACCCGGAACUGAGAUUAAAUAAGCUCUUUCGAGUUCCCCGCAUGUUUGAGUUCUUCUCAAGAACAGAAAUGAGGACAAACUAUCCCAACAUCUUCAGAAUCUCCAACCUGGUCAUGUAUAUUGUGAUUAUCAUUCACUGGAACGCGUGCCUUUACUUCUCUUUUUCCAAAGCUAUCGGCUUUGGAGAAGAUACCUGGGUCUACCCAAAUGUGUCAGAUCCGGAGUUUGGCCGACUUGUCCGGAAAUAUGCGUACAGCCUUUAAUGGUCCACUCUGACUCUUACCACCAUUGGAGAAACACCUCCUCCAGUCCAGGACUCAGAGUACUUCUUUGUAGUCAUUGACUUAUUGGUUGGAGUGUUGAUUUUCGCUACCAUUGUCGGCAACAUGGGUUCUAUGAUUUCCAACAUGAAUGCUGCCAGAGCAGAUUUCCAGGCCAGGAUUGAUGCGAUCAAGCAGUACCUGCACUUCCGAAAAGUCGACAAAGAUCUGGAAAAGAGAGUCAUCAAAUGGUUUGACUAUUUGUGGACAAACAAGAAAGCAGUGGAUGAAAAAGAAGUCCUGAAAUAUCUCCCAGACAAGCUGCGUGCGGAGAUAGCCAUCAAUGUUCACCUUGACACGUUAAAGAAAGUGUGUAUCUUUGCAGAUUGUGAGGCUGGACUAUUGAUUGAGCUGGUGUUGAAGCUGAGACCACAGGUCUUUAGCCCGAGUGACUACAUCUGCUGCAAAGGGGACAUUGGCAGGGAAAUGUACAUCAUCAAGGAAGGAAAGCUUGCUGUUGUGGCAGAUGACGGAAUUACACAGUUUGUGGUCCUCAGUGAUGGAAGCUACUUUGGGGAGAUCAGUAUCCUAAACAUCAAGGGAAGUAAAGCUGGAAACCGCAGAACAGCUAACAUUCGAAGUAUAGGGUACUCUGACUUAUUCUGCCUGUCCAAGGAUGACCUCAUGGAAGCUCUCACAGAGUAUCCAGAUGCGAAGGCAAUGCUGGAGGAGAAAGGAAGGCAGAUUCUUAUGAAGGAUGGACUGUUAGAUCUAGAUGUGGCUGCACUCGGUCCUGUCUCGAAAGACAUGGAGGAAAAAUUUACUCGAAUGUAUUCAUCCUUAGAGCUCAUGCAGACUAAGUUUGCCAGGCUGUUGGCUGAGUAUGAUGUAGGCCAACAGAAGCUGAAGCAGAGAAUCACCAGUAUUGAGAAGAAGCUAACACUAAGUAGGGAAGUAUUUCUUUCUGAAUUGGUGGAUCCAAAAACUGCCACAGCUGAAGGUGAACAGGAGUAA